CGUCGUUUUGGCGCCCGCGUGGAGUCCGGGCUCGCGGCUCAGCUGCCCCCAUGGCCGCCUCGGAGCAGCCGGCUGCGGCGAUGAAGCGGCGGCACAAGGCGCAGUACGUGUCGGGGCAGCAGGCCAAGCGGCCCCGGGGCGGCGGCGGGGGGCCGCGGCAGCUGGAGCUCGGCAUGCAGGGCAUCCUCAUCACCUGCAACAUGAACGAGCGCAAGUGCGUGGGGGAGGCCUACAGCCUGCUCAACGAGUAUGGGGACCUGCUCUACGGGCCCGAGAAGUUUACAAAUCAAGAUGACAGGUUGUCAGGAAGUGAAGAGGAGGAAGAUGAUGUUGAAGCUGCCUUAAAGAAAGAAGUUGAUCAGAUUCGCACUUCGAAUGAACAGAAGCUGAGAAGAUUCCAGUCAGUGGAGAGUGGAGCUAACAAUGUGGUUUUUAUUAGAACGCUGGGUGUAGAACCUGAGAAGCUCGUGCAUCAUAUAUUAAUGGACUUGCACACUACUAAAAAGAAGAAAACAAGAGUUAUUCUGCGCAUGUUGCCCAUUUCUGGAACCUGCAAGGCUUUUAUGGAAGAUAUGAAAAAGUAUUCAGAGACCUUCUUUGAGCCUUGGUUUAAAGCCCCUAAUAAGGGUACUUUUCAGAUUGUUUACAAAGCUCGCAAUAACAGUCACAUGAGUAGGGAAGAAGUAAUCAAAGAAUUGGCAGGAAUAGUGGGCAGCCUAAAUCCAGAAAACAAAGUGGAUCUUAAUAACCCCCAGUAUACCAUUGUGGUAGAAAUAAUAAAAAAUGUCUGUUGCUUGAGCGUGGUGAAAGACUAUGUUUUGUUCAGAAAAUAUAAUCUACAAGAGGUGGUGAAGAGCAACAAGGAGGAGCUGGGGCAGCAAAACCUGUUGAGUGCUUCCCAAGGGGAGAAGUUGGAAGAAAUAAAACUGGCAGAAGAGGACACUAAAGAAGUGAAACCAGAAGACAAAAAUCAGGGUGAAGAGGAAGCUAAGCCCAAUGAGAGCAAUAAUCAGCAGGCAUAGAGAAUGUGAUGGAAGGGGAAGACACACACUAAAGAUCACUGUAAAAUAGACUGGCUUAAAGUUUUGAAAUGGUCGUUUAAAGAGGAGCUUAAUUUUUUUAUUUUAAAUUUGCUUUUUAAAUAUCCUAUUUAAAAAAAAAAUGUAAUGUUCCAUCCUGUCUUUGCUAUUGGAGUCAAUAUUGCAGCACGCAGUGUCCGAGAGAAUAAGUGACCAAACUCUUCAGCCUGAUUCUCCAGUGCUUUCCAUCUUGUGUGGUCAGAUAUCUGCAGAGUGUGUGUAAAUUGUUACCAGUCUGAUCUGGUAGCAUUUUACUCCCACUUACCACGUGUAAAUAACUACCAUAGGGUGCCUGGCUGACUCAACCCCUUUGCCUCCAGACAUUGGCAGAGGCAGGAUUGAGAGGUCUGGAAAAGGACAGGAUCUUGCAAGGGGAUUUAUUUGAAAAUACAGUGCCAUUUUGUUUUGGUGACAUGACUUUGCAUACUAUAUAAACCUUGUUGUCUUAUUAAAUACAGAAUGAGCCAUAAGCACCUGACUUUCUGUAUGAUGAUCAGAUGUCUGCAAAGACUAGUGUACAACAUAUUAACAUGUCUUUGAAAUAUGUUGGGUGGAAAAGAGGAAUUGCCACCAUCAAAAUAGCUCAGUAUUAUGAGCAAACCUCUCCCUCACCCUUCUCCCUCAAAUUCCUGUAAUUUUCGAGAACAGACAGAUGCCAGUGUGGAAGUCAUGUAUAUUCAUGGCAAAAGCACCCUGUGGCAUGUCUGCCAAGAACAGCAAUGUACAUAAUGGAUAGGAGCAUAUAUGGUUAUCCAUUAACAAUCUGUGAAGAACCCAUGUCUAAGGAUGCUUAUUCCAAGGGCACUCUUUCAUUUAUGUUUGAUGUUUUUAUUAAAGUCUCAUUGGUUUUAUUUUUUUUA